AUGAAAUUAUUAACUAUUACAUACUUUCUGUGGUUCAUAUUAUGUAUACAACCAGUUGAAAAUCAUUUUUUCAGUUGGCUUAAGAAUAAAGUUAAAAAUAAAAUUAAUUCAAAUAAAUACAAACGUGUAUUUGAUUGUGGUAAAUCAGAUAUAAGACCAAUUCUACCAGCUAAAUUUGAUACGCCACGUGUAACUGGUGGUCUAUCAGCAAGCGAUCAUUCGUUUCCAUGGGUAGUUAAUGUUGUCAAUUAUAAAUCAUUAAGAUCGUGUGGUGGAACCAUUAUUGGUCCGAACACUAUACUAACUGCUGCACAUUGUAUUGUUGACGAACCAAAGUUUCUAACUGUUAUUGCUGGUGCUUCAACUUUAUUUGGUCGUCUUAAUUUAUUUAAUUAUUAUGCUGUUUCUCACGUAAUUCUUCAUCCCAAUUAUGUAUUAUGCUGUGAUUAUGAUUUAGCAAUCAUAAAACUAAAAAAGAAAUUAAAACGUUCUGAUAUGAUCAAUUCAAUUUGUUUGCCCAAUGAGAACGAUCAAAAAUUACAAGAUGAUACAAUAGCUUUGAUUGCAGGCUGGGGUGGAAAAUAUCGAACGGGUGAAUUAAAUGUAUUUGGUUCAUUUCAUUUGAAACAAGGUUUAGUUUAUAUUAAAUCAAAUAAUUACUGUAAACAUAUUUUUGCAUCAUUCGAUGAAGAUGAUGAAAUAUGUGCUACAAAUACAUAUGAUAAUGUUGAUUCAAGAGAAGGUGACAGUGGUGGUCCAUUAAUGGUACUUAACAAAACAGACGAUCGUUGGUAUUUAUUUGGUGUUACAUCCCACGGUGUUAAUGCAGAAACGAUAAAACCUGGCGUUUAUUCAUCGAUAUUAACAAAACUCGAUUUUAUUAAAAAAUAUCUUUAA